AUGGCCCGCAAGUUCUUCGUCGGUGGUAACUUCAAGAUGAACGGCACCAAGUCGUCCAUCAAGGAGAUCGUUGACAACCUGAACAAGGCUGAGCUCGACUCCAACACAGAGACCGUCAUCGCCCCCCCUGCCCUGUACCUUCUCUUUGUGCGUGAGCACCUCCAGAACAAGCACGUUGAGGUUGCCGCCCAAAACGUCUUCGACAAGCCCAACGGUGCCUUCACCGGUGAGACGUCGGUCUCGCAAUUGGUUGACUCGGGCAUCCACUGGACCAUCCUCGGCCACUCGGAGCGCCGCACCAUCCUGAACGAGACGGACGAGACGGUUGCCUCCAAGACCAAGUUCGCAACCGAGAACGGCGUCAGCGUCAUCUGGUGCUGCGGCGAGUCCCUGGAGCAGCGUGAGUCUGGCAAGACCCUCGAGGUCAUUGCCGGCCAGCUCUCGGCCCUGAAGAAGCAGAUCAACGACUGGAGCAAGAUCGUGAUUGCCUACGAGCCCAUCUGGGCCAUCGGCACUGGCAAGGUUGCCACCACCGAGCAGGCACAGGAGGUCCACGCCUCCAUCCGCCAGUGGUUGAAGAAGGAGGUCAGCGACAAGGUCGCCGAAGAGACCCGCAUUCUGUACGGUGGCAGUGUCAGCGAGAAGAACUGCAAGGAGCUCAGCAAGCAGGCUGACAUUGACGGUUUCUUGGUUGGUGGUGCUUCCCUGAAGCCUGCUUUCGUCGAUAUCAUCAACUCCAAGUUGUAA